AUGCCUUCCGUCAAGAACCCCAACGGCCCGUCCAAGAACCGCCUGGCGAACCGGGCCCUCGGCGCCAAGAUGGAGCGCAGGAAGAAGUCGGAGGCGAACCGGAACAAGAUUGCAAAGACGGACGCCAUGCGCGGCGCGAGGCCCGGCCUGGCACCCACGAGCGGGCCCAACGCGCCCCUGAGCAAGAAGAAGGCCAAGAAGCUGGAGAAACGGAUCGCGCACGCCCUGAGGCGGAAGAUGGCGGCCGAGGGAGAGGUUGUCAUGAAGGGUGAGCGAGCGCUUCCUCCCGGGAGGGACGAGCUGGUGGGGGAUGUCGAGGUGGCUGAAGAUGACAAGCCCGAAGGGGUCGACAUGGAGACGGAGAAGAUCGAAUAG